CGGUAGUUUGCUAUUACUGUUUUUUAUUUAUCAAAAAUUAAUGGAUUCUUCUGAAGAAGAAGCCGAUUAUAAUAUUGUCAUCAAUAACAAUGAGGUACAACCUUACAUGUUUGAGCCUUUGGCUAACGCGCAAGGUGGUCAAAAUGAUGACAAUUCUUCGUCAUCGGAAAGCAAAGAUGAAUACAUUCACAGAAUUGGAAAUGUUGAAUGCGACAUCAAGAGCUUUGGACAGUGUUGGAUUAAUGCGUCUGCAGUCCAAAACUUCUUUCAUCAAGUCCUUAACAUAUCUUGAAAAGCAAAUCAUUAUUUAUGUUGGCUUUGCAUUGCACUUUGAAAAAAGAAAAAAUGGGUAUGUUUUGGUGCAAAAAGAAUCACCACUCGGUGGAAACCUUCGAUGGACGAAGUCUGCUUCUGAUAACUGAGUUUUCCAAUAUCUCUCAUGAGAUACUUGGACUCAACAAUCGAAGACAGCUCAACAUAAGCUUUUGAACCUAAGAUCAGAAGUUUGUUAACAAAAAGAAAGAAUGUUGAUGUUACUUUGAAAUUUAUGCAGCCAGUAAAUUGCAUUUUUUUACCAAUAGGCAAACGGUGCAACCCUCUCGAGCAGGUGCACCCUAGACCUUUGGUCUUGGGCUUGCACUGAUCUGCUCUCGAAUUCUCCAAAAGGUCUCCUCGGUUUGUAUAAGCCUGCGCAAACACAGUAAACAUCUUUAAUUUUUUAAAUGAAGCAAAUUAAUUAGCUCUUAUCACCUUUCUAAUAUCGUGAUUUUUCCUGAAAUGUUAAUGCAUUAGUCAUUGUCAUUGUUCCAAUGUAUAGUAGAAAAUGCUCUGUGUUUUAAGUCUUUUAGGGAAUGACUUCUUAUACGACACUCUGCACUUCAUGUUCUUUUAUGCCAAAGGAUGUCGGCAACUAGGCAAGCGUCAAAGAAAAUAUUCAAAAAAACAAUCAGGAAAUUUAAGAAGUUUAAUCCUAUUAAACAUUGCGAUGUAUCAUCAUCCGACUUUUCACAUCUACAUUUCAAGGAUAAUCAUGAUUGAAUUCAUAGAUAAAAUUAUAAUAUAUUAAGCAAUUUUCAAAUAAACGCGUGCUCCAUUGAAACCAUUGCAUAGACUUAGUGGGUGAAACAUGUUUCAUUAACACUUUCUGCCACAGUGCAUUAUAU